AUGAAUAAGUUCACUCGCGAAGAAACUUUGCAGCUUUUGUCCGAAAUGGGUAUAGAGCUCCCCCCGGCCACAAAACUUACAGACGAAGCGUUGCGGAUGCGCCUCCAAAAAUCGUUGAAUGCAGCACAAUAUCUGUCGGACACCUUGACAAGCCUUCCAAUUGAUCCUGGAAGUAUUAAUGUCUGGCCGCGAACCUCCUCCAUCGAGGAUGAACGCUCCGUGCACAAGGCCGUUGCUAGGAACAACAUGGCUGAGGCAAAGGCAAUCUUCGGGGCGCAGCAGAGUGGCAGGGAUAUUGUUGCGGAACUUCAUGAUAUUGUCAUGGUGGACGUUCGCCAGACGCUCAUGUCCAUAGGCAAGCUCUGGGACGAAGGUUUCCGGUGGUGCAUUAUACAAGACCCGCAGCGUCAACUGUCUGCCAUUAACAUGCGGCUGCUCUCAGUACAUGAGGUCGACACCCACACGCCAUUGAUUGCCGUUCUCUACCGACAGUUCGCAAGAGACAAUAAUUCGGAGCUGGGCGCGCGGUGGGUCCAGGCGCAGAUGAGGAGCAAUGGCUCGACGCCAUCUAUCAAGGCGUCGCUGCUGGAGCAGAAAGUGCUAUUAAAAUUGUUGUCCAUGAACGCGAAGCACGUCUCUCCAGGAUUUGUGCCGCACAGACAGCUCCUUGAACAAGACUAUACCAUUUCUUUCUUCCUACCCGUUGGGCCACUCAGCAACAAGGACAUUGCCAAGCUCAACGAGGAAACCGGAUGUGUCUUGUGUGGUAAAGAUCAUGCAAGCCGCUGCAAGCAAUGUCAGUCCGUAUUCUACUGUGGACCUGAAUGCCAGCGGGCGGACUGGCCAGAUCACAAGCACACGUGCCGCUCGCUCAAAGGCGGUACUUGGCGCACCGUCCCUUUCACAAAUGUCCAGCCUGGCAGGGAGGGCAUGCUGGGCGUCCGCAUCAACAGAUAUACACCCCUCAACAGCAUUCGAGACCUCAGCAACAUAAAAUCAUCCACCGACGACGAGGUCAAUCCGGACAUCCACGGCAAGAAGCUGUUCCUCGUGAAGCUACAAAUAACGCCACAUGGGAACGAGUCCAUCAUGGUAUAUGACCGACGGGACUCUUUUACCGUGUUUCUCGUCAGAGACAAGGCUCCAGAUGUCUUCGACGAGAUCAAAAGCGAAAUUCGAGGUCCUCGCGGUGGAUAUUUCGGGGUGAAGACGUAUCGGUGGGCGAAACGUGCGGGCGACUGGGAGUUGAGUAUCUGCGUGGAUAGAGUGCCGCAGACCGACAUCAAGUGGUGA